CCCACCUGCGGCAGCGCUGGGCGGUGGCUGUGGCGGGUCCCGCUCGCUGCUCGGCCGCGCCAUGGCGGCGGAGCGCGGCGGCUGCUCCCUGGAGGCGGUGCCGCUGCCGCCCGAGGUGCGGGAGAGCCUGGCGGAGUUGGAGCUGGAGCUCUCGGAGGGAGACAUCACUCAGAAAGGAUAUGAAAAGAAAAGAGCAAAGCUGUUAGCACGGUACAUACCAUUAAUUCAAGGUGUGGAUCCAUCCCUGCAAGCAGAGAACAGAGUGUCAGGCUCUUCACAAGCUACUGCCACUGGUGUGAAACAGCAAAAAUCCCGUUCCAACAACUCAAGGGAUGAGCGCUUCCGAUCUGAUGUCCACACGGAAGCAGUACAAGCAGCACUGGCAAAAUACAAAGAGAGGAAGAUGCCCAUGCCUUCAAAAAGACGGUCUGUUCUUGUACACUCUUCAGUAGAAACGUACACACCUCCAGACACAUCGUCAGCAUCAGAAGAUGAGGGCUCCUUACGUCGGCAAGGGCGGAUCACCUCCACUCCGUUCCAGAGCCAUUCCAACGUAGAGCCCUGGCUUAACCGGGUUAUUCAGGGCUCCUCCACCUCAUCCUCUGCAUCUUCCACCUCAUCUCAUCCAGGAGGGAAACCUGCUGCUGCUUCCAAUACUGCUACUGUCACCGCUGCUGCCACUGUGCUUGCAGAUCUCAUGGCACACACCCAGCUAGAUAAUCACCCUGCACCUCCAGAUGUCACCACUGGUCUGGUGGAACAUUUACAUCAUGAGCGCCCACAGGUUGCAUCAGUACGAGGAGUUCCCAGAGGCUACAACAGCAGCAUUUUGGAAACUGCAGAUGGUGUUCCAGUGAAUAGCAGAGUGUCUUCUAAAAUCCAGCAGCUUCUAAAUACCUUGAAAAGACCAAAGCGCCCGCCUUUGAAAGAGUUUUUUGUUGAUGAUUUUGAAGAACUCCUAGAAGUGCAACAGCCUGACCCAAAUCAACCAAAGCCUGAAGGAAAUCAAAUGAAUGUACUUAAAGGUGAACCCUUAGGCAUGGUAACCAACUGGCCACCUUCUUUGCUGGCUGCCCUGCAGCGCUGGGGAACCACCCAGCCAAAAGCCCCUUGUCUGACAGCAUUGGAUACAACUGGGAAAGCUAUUUAUACUCUUACCUAUGGCAAGCUGUGGAGUAGAAGCUUGAAGUUGGCGUAUACCUUGCUAAACAGGCUAACCACUAAGAAUGAACCAUUGCUGAAGCCUGGGGACCGGGUAGCUCUCGUGUUUCCUAAUAGUGAUCCAGUUAUGUUUAUGGUGGCAUUUUAUGGAUGUCUCCUCGCAGAACUUAUUCCUGUCCCAAUAGAAGUUCCACUAACAAGAAAGGAUGCUGGCAGUCAGCAAAUUGGAUUUCUUUUGGGCAGUUGUGGAGUAACACUAGCUUUAACCACUGAUGCCUGUCAAAAAGGCCUUCCUAAAGCUCAGACUGGUGAGGUGGUGACAUUCAAAGGCUGGCCUCAUCUCAUGUGGUUUGUGAUCGAUGGGAAGCAUCUGGCAAAACCAGCUAAGGACUGGCAUCCACAAGUACGGGAUGCCAGUGCUGAGAUUGCUUAUAUUGAGUACAAAACAAGUAAAGAGGGCAGCACAGUGGGCAUUACUGUAUCUCAUGCUUCCAUGCUGGCACACUGUCACGCAUUGACUCAGGCAUGUGGUUAUUCAGAAGCUGAAACACUAACAAAUGUCUUGGAUUUCAAAAGAGAUGCUGGCCUUUGGCAUGGAGUAUUAACAAGUGUUAUGAACAGGAUGCAUGUCAUCAGUAUUCCCUAUGCAUUAAUGAAGGUUAAUCCACUUUCCUGGAUACAGAAGGUCUGCUUGUACAAAGCCCGUGUAGCAGUAGUCAAAUCUCGUGAUAUGCACUGGUCACUUUUGGCUCAGAGGGAUCAGAGAGAUGUCAGUCUGAGCUCUUUGCGAAUGUUACUAGUGGCAGAUGGAGCUAAUCCAUGGUCAAUAUCUUCAUGUGAUGCAUUCCUGAAUGUAUUUCAGUCCCGAGGUUUGAGACCAGAAGUUAUCUGUCCCUGUGCUAGUUCUUCAGAGGCACUGACUGUUGCUAUUCGCAGACCUCCAGAACUGGGUGGGCCUCCUCCAGGAAAAGCAGUGUUAUCUAUGAAUUGUCUGAGUUUUGGCGUGAUAAGAGUGGAUACAGAAGAGAAGUUGUCAGUGUUAACUGUACAGGAUGUUGGUCAGAUUAUGCCUGGAGCAAACGUGUGUGUUGUGAAGGUAGAUGGGACUCCUUACCUGUGCAAAGCUGACGAGGUUGGAGAAAUAUGUGUGAAUUCAGGUGCAACUGGGAUGGCGUAUUUCGGCCUCCUCGGAAUCACCAAGAAUGUUUUUGAGGCCAUCCCAGUGACGGCAGCCGGAGUGCCUGUUUCAGACCAACCCUUCACAAGGACAGGAUUGCUUGGCUUUGUGGGUCCUGACUAUCUGGUGUUUGUGGUAGGAAAAUUGGAUGGCCUAAUGACAGUUAGUGGCCGCAGGCACAACGCAGAUGAUGUGGUAGCCACAGCACUGGCUGUUGAACCCAUGAAGUUUGUGUAUCGGGGAAGGAUAGCAGUGUUCUCUGUCACCGUUUUGCAUGAUGAUCGAAUAGUGCUCGUGGCAGAGCAGCGCCCUGACGCGUCAGAGGAGGAUAGUUUUCAGUGGAUGAGCAGGGUUCUACAGGCAGUUGAUAGCAUUCACCAAGUGGGCGUCUACUGUCUUGCCUUGGUGCCAGCCAACACUUUGCCAAAGGCUCCACUUGGAGGAAUUCAUAUUUCAGAAACCAAGCAACGCUUUUUAGAGGGUGCUCUGCACCCUUGUAAUGUCUUGAUGUGUCCACACACUUGUGUCACUAACCUGCCUAAGCCUCGGCAGAAACAACCAGAUGUUGGUCCUGCUUCAAUGAUAGUAGGAAACCUUGUUGCUGGAAAGAGAAUUGCGCAAGCCUCUGGGAGAGAUGUUACCCAGUUGGAGGAUAAUGACCAGGCAAGAAAGUUCCUGUAUUUAGCAGAUGUUCUUCAGUGGCGAGCUCAGACGACUCCAGAUCAUCCCCUCUUCCUUUUGUUGAAUUCCAAGGGCACUGUAGCCAGCAGUGCAUCCUGCAUACAGCUACACAAGAGAGCAGAAAGGGUGGCAGUCGCACUGCUGGAGAAAGGACGACUGAAUGUAGGUGACCAUGUGGCCCUGGUUUAUCCUCCAGGAGUAGACUUAAUAGCAACUUUCUAUGGCUGCUUAUAUGCUGGCUGUAUACCUAUCACCGUUCGCCCACCUCAUCCACAGAACCUUGCUACCACUCUGCCCACUGUCAAAAUGAUUGUAGAGGUCAGUAAGUCUGCCUGUAUACUGACCACACAAGCGAUAAUGAAACUGCUGAAGUCCAAGGAAGCUGCAGCAGCUGUAGAUAUUAAGACGUGGCCCACUAUUUUGGAUACAGAUGAUAUGCCUAAAAAGAAGCUGGCUGGUAUUUUCAGACCUGCGUCUCCAGAUAUGUUGGCGUACUUGGACUUCAGCGUGUCUACUACUGGUAUAUUAGCAGGAGUAAAGAUGUCACAUGCAGCUACAAGUGCCUUAUGUCGCUCUAUAAAGCUACAAUGUGAGCUGUACCCUUCACGUCAGAUUGCCAUCUGUCUUGACCCUUACUGUGGCUUGGGAUUUGCUCUGUGGUGUUUGUGCAGUGUCUAUUCGGGUCAUCAGUCUAUUCUAGUCCCUCCUCUGGAACUGGAGAGCAACGUGUCCAUCUGGUUGUCUGCUGUCAGUCAGUAUAAAGUGCGCGUCACGUUCUGCUCUUACUCUGUGAUGGAGAUGUGCACCAAAGGGCUUGGAACACAGACUGAUAUACUCCGGAUGAAAGGAGUUAACCUGUCCUGUGUGCGAACGUGCAUGGUGGUUGCAGAGGAGAGACCGAGGAUUACAUUAACACAGUCUUUCUCCAAGUUAUUCAAAGACCUGGGCCUCUCUGCUCGUGCAGUGAGCACUACGUUUGGGUGCAGGGUCAACGUGGCAAUUUGCUUACAGUGCCUCUUUGUUUGUAUUUUCUUUUUUCCCCUUUCUCUCUGUUUCACACACUUUGAUGGCCUCUGUUACUUCUGUUUGUGGUCCUGCUGUCAGCCAAACAGGCUGGGCAAGCUGGCUGAACAGGGAACAGCAGGACCAGACCCAACAACAGUCUACGUAGAUAUGAGAGCACUUCGACAUGACAGGGUGCGUUUGGUAGAGAGAGGUUCUCCACACAGUCUGCCACUUAUGGAGUCUGGGAAGAUUCUUCCAGGGGUCAAGGUCAUCAUAGCACACACGGAAACCAAGGGACCUCUGGGAGACUCGCAUUUAGGAGAGAUAUGGGUGAGUAGCCCACACAAUGCUACUGGUUACUACACAGUGUAUGGAGAAGAGGCACUGCACGCUGAUCACUUUACUGCUCGCUUGAGUUUUGGAGACACUCAGACCAUAUGGGCUCGGACUGGGUACCUUGGCUUUCUGCGCAGAACAGAACUUACUGAUGCUAGCGGAGAGAGGCACGAUGCCCUCUAUGUGGUAGGCUCUUUGGAUGAAACACUGGAGCUCAGAGGAAUGAGGUACCAUCCCAUUGAUAUAGAGACCUCUGUAAUAAGAGCACAUAAAAGCAUUGCAGAAUGUGCUGUGUUUACAUGGACCAACUUGCUUGUGGUGGUUGUGGAGUUGGAAGGCUCAGAACAAGAAGCGUUGGACCUGGUUGCUCUGGUAACAAACGUGGUUCUGGAAGAGCAUUAUCUUAUAGUAGGUGUUGUAGUCAUCGUGGACCCCGGUGUUAUUCCUAUCAAUUCCCGUGGUGAGAAACAACGGAUGCACUUGAGAGACGGGUUUUUAGCUGACCAGUUGGAUCCUAUUUAUGUUGCCUACAACAUGUGAAAAGAGAAAAAUCACACCAAGGCUAACGCACCAAAAUAAAGGGACUUUCCACAUAGUAACAUUGGAACCCAUUUUCUGUGGUUUUAAAAGCUGUUGAAAGGGAAAUGGAGAUGCUCCUCUUCACAGACGUUCAUCUCUCAGAUUGCAUUUGCUUUCAUAAAUCCAUUGUAACAGUUGCAGCUGACUUAGGAUGGAGAGUUUACUGAAUUCCUGAAGGAAGCUUGUGAGAACUGUGAUGGACCAGUGGUUUUUCUACACCAAUUCUGAAUGUCAGAAUUGAUGCACUGCAUAAAAGGACAUAAAGCAGGGUGGGGAGAAAACACCAGCUGUGAGGACAACUCCUGGAAACAGUACUGAGUCGUGAGUACCCAUUUGGAGUUCACCCUCCAUGUGAUUGUUUGCAAUAUAUUGGCAGUAUCUGGGUUCAGGCGUCACUUUCAAGACUGCACACAUCUCUGCCAUAUUCUCUACUGUAAUGAAAGGAAUUUUGCACAUAUUUGCAAUUUUAAAAAUGCAGCCUUUUUAUUUGAAAUCACUGAGUCGCCCCCAUUCAGAAGAAAUUCAGUCCAAUCCCAGAUUCAAUAUAACAGCAAUUAUGCUGCUGUUCAGCUUUUUUUGUACCAAGCGAAAACAAAUACUGCAGCUGUAAAAACGUUACUUAUUGUGCCAUGCUGGACUCUGUAAUGCUAUAAACUUUGUAAUAAAAUAUAAAUUAAUAUCCACUUUUAACCACUCGAUGCAGGAGCCUUCACUGCUCUUACUGUUGUAACUUCAAGUUGCUUGUUUUCAUAGCAUUAGCUGUGUUCUGCCCUGCAUAAAAACAAGUAUUUGAAAACUCAUUCCAAAGCCAACAAUCUCUGAAUGUUUCAUAGAAAUGUUUAUGAAGCAUGGUCUUAUAUGUUUUCCCUGAAUAUCCUAUGUUAAAAUUUAUUAUAGUGCUUUUACUGGGGUUUUUUCCCCACCAUGGAAACUAUACUCAGUGUUAGUUAGCUUGAUCUGCUGUGGUACAAAAUGCCUUGGUUUUCAGACUGUCUUGUUCAAGCUGCAGUAUCCAGUUGGUUGGCUCACACUCAGCUGAUGAGAGUUAUGAAGUUUCUGCCUGAUCUAAUAUUGCAGCGCACCUAAUUCAGAAAGAGAAUGUGAAGUGAUUCAAAUACUUCAUGUAUUUGAAGGUAAGACAAGACUAACAAAUAAUUAUUUUUAUAGAGUUGUUGAAGAGCUACAUAAUUUCUUUUAUAUAUAUAUACAUAUAUAUAUAUAUAUAAUGCAUGAGUUUGGCAGAAGAGCCAGGUUAUUCUGCAAGGCAGUUCUGCCUGGAUCAGUGCCUAAGGAAGAUGGAUGUCACUCUCCCAGUAUGAGGGUAUCAAAUUGACUCUUUGUCAAAUGUAAACUGUAAAAUCUUCAACAAAAAGCUUCCAUCUACAGUAGUCCUUUGCCCUUGUGGUGUCUGGCUGUGGUGUAUCAUACAGCUGCAUACUCUGACUGUAAUUAUGUACAGAACUUGAGUAACUUAUUAAAUAACAGCAACCUCUAACAGUGGGCUGUGGGACACUGCUUGUGACAGAACAGCUGGUGAAAGGAAAGAACUACCUAACCCCAUUUUAAUAGUGUGGUUUUUUAGCACAUAAAGCAUUGUGAGAUUUUUGUAUUGAGCUAUAGCUGGCAGUGAGACGAGUUGCCUUGUAAACUAAACCUAACGCAGAAAGCACAUUAAACAGUUCAAAACAGUCUGG